UCAGGAUUCCCGAAAGUACUUGGCUGUGUUGACGGAACUCAAAUUAAAAUUGCCACACCUAAUAAAAAUGAAAAUGAUUUUGUCAACAGAAAAGGAGUACAUGCCCUCAAUGUACAGAUGAUUUGUGACCCCAAAUUUAGAAUAACUUCGUUGUGUGCUAACUGGCCCAGAUCAGUUCACGACAGCAGGAUUUGGCGUCAGUGUGAAUUGAAUAACCAAUUUCAAAAUGGUAUUCACAAUGGUCUAUUGCUUGGGGAUUCUGGAUAUCCAUGUUUGACCUAUUUAAUGACACCUUUUUUAAACCCAACAAACAGACAUGAAGAAAAUUUUAACACCAGCUUAUGCAGAACAAGAGUUUUAAUUGAACAAACAUUUGGAAUUUUAAAAAGAAGAUUUGCUCUACUGCAUUAUGGCAUAAGAAGUUCUCCUCAGCAAGCUGUCAUUUACAUAACUGCGUGUGUAAUUUUACAUAAUCUUGGGAUAGGUAGGGGGGGAUUUACUAAAUGCCUCUAA